UCAACAACAACAUAAUAUCUCUCUAAAACUAAGAAAUGGGUCGUAGAAAAAUAGAGAUUAAACGUAUUGAAAAUAGCAUCGAAAGGAAAGCGACGUUUUUAAGACUCCGAGAUGACAUUUUUAAGAAGGCCGAUGCACUCGAAAAGCUGUGUCAUGUGGAAGUUAAUGUCUUGGUCAUCUCCCCCACAAAUGUACCGUACACAUACGGUAAUCCAUGCUUCAACGAUGUGGUUGAGCAUAUCCAAAAUCCUAGUGCUUCGUCCAAACUCGAUAGUCUCAUGAAAGAAUUGGAACAUAUCAAAGAGCUUGAGGAGGUUUUGACGAAGAGGCAACAAAGAAACCGUGAAAAGUCCAAUAUGAAGAGGAUUGUUGAUCUGAAAUUGGAGGACUUAGUUGCUUUCAAGAGGAAACUUGAGGCUUUUCAAGCGGGUUUAAAGAGGAAGCAUGUAGAGAUGGAAUAUUUCUCUUCUCCAUCGAUGCUCUCAAAGAAUACGAAGAAGAAGAAGAUAAGGACCGAGUUUCUUCCGGACAGAGCAGGUUCAACUCGAUUUGCGAGACAGAUGGGUCUUAAAAACAUUAAGUGGAUUUGCCCAACUGCUCCUUCACGCCCCAUUACUAUCUUAGGUGGAAUGGAAACCAAUGCAUGGUUCGAUAUCGCAGAAAUUUCUGAAAACAUGCAAGAUGAUGUGGAGUCAUUAAAUCGUGCUGCUUUAUCUAUUGCUAACCUUUUAUCUGAAGAGCCCCCAAACAUCAUGAUAGGAAUAGGAGGUACCGGCUUGGGUGCAGCGCAAGCUCUCUACCUUGCGAGUAAGAGUUGUUAUGACACUAAUCAACGGCUUCAAAUAAAGCCACGAGUUGUUAUAGGGCUCAAUGGUUGGCUUCCUGUCUGGAGAAGCUUACAAAACAACAUAGCAUCUAAUCCCGGGGGUAGAGAUCGUCCUAUAUCACUACCAAUCUUACUUACACAUUCUAAUGAUGUGGUACCGUACGAAUUUACACACAAAUGUGCUCAUUCCCUUCUCAUGGCUGGAUUUCAGAGCACGCUAAGAAAAUAUGAAGGGGAACAUAAUUGGGACGAGGUAAAGCAAUGGCUCAGACAUUACCUUGGGCUCUGAGGAUUAACACUAAACUCUACAUUAAAAG